AUGCGGCACAACGGAUCGGAUCGACCUGACUACAGUGUGUGCCUUUCUGCUUCCCAACCCCGACAGCUGGCCACGUACGUGUGCCGGGAGCACAGGCACGAGGAGGCCGAGAUCCGCUACCUGGAGUGGGGCUCCCUCUAUUUCGACGUGCGCGACGACAAGGACCGCUGGGUGCGCACGGACGUCAGGGCGGGGGACCACAUUGUCCUGCCUCCCCAGUGCUACCACCGCUUCAUGCCCAAGACGCCGGACGAGGACGUCAUGAUGAUUAUGGUUGUCCCCGACGGACACGUCUACCAUGCGGACUACAGGAACGCCUAGAACAAGGAACCUUGCUGGGUGUUCUAUACACGGCCAGCGGAUCACGUCUCUAGUAGAAGUGAUGGUGUGCU